CGAAAAAGUGCACGUCCCACCGUCCGGGACGGGUUAUUCACAACAUUGGACAAGUAGAUUUUUAAAUUGACUUGUCCAAUGGACAAGUGACAUUUUUCGCCGCUAUUUAUUGACAAAUUAUUGAUAAAUUCAGCUUACAAAAGGCAUAACUCAUUCGCAAAUUGUCCGUGUCCGCCGUUGUUGUUUGCAACCGCUUUACGUUUUUUUACUCACUUACGUCGUGUCGUAAAACUGUGUGAAAAUGAAAUACGAUGGCGAAGAAGAAGGUUCUAGUGGCCCCAAGAGGGCAACAAAAGAUUUCUUUCUUUUCUAAGAAGGUUUGUACACAUCAUUCUCACAGUUGUAAAAUGGUGUGUUACAUUAACAAGGAAAAUAAUUGAAAUAAAUUAUGUCCGAAAAUAGUGGAUUAAGUGCUUGAAAGGGGACUUUUAUUAAUCCAUUACAUUACAUUGCAUUUAGCUGACACUUUUAUCCAAAGCGAUUUACAAUCCCUGUGGGGAAAUUCAGUAGGCAACAGGGUAAGGGUGAAAAACAGGACAGCACAGAUUCACACAGGUUCAUCAAAUCAAAAAUAAAAUCGAAGAUAAAAAUAAAAAUAAUGAAAAACUAUUAAAUAAGAAAUUAAUAAAAAUAAUAAUAAAAAAGGGGUAGACCUAUGUAAAAUACUUUUUUCUUUUAAAAGGGGGGGAUUGAAAGGGGCUCUUUAUGUACCAAGGGGCUUGAAAGGGAAAUAUCAAAUUAUUUCAGAAAAAAAACCCAAAAAAUGCAGAAAGGUUUGUGGGGAGUCUACGAGUACCUAACAUUCAUGUUGACAAAAAUCUAUAAUUUGUCUGCAAGAACAGGAGUCUGAACAACAGCCUGAACAUGCUGAAACGAGCCCUCAGAAAGUCCCAGAGUGUGAGCAGAACGAUGGCCCCCCCAGUCACGAGAAAGUCUCUGCUAAAAGGCCAUGUUCCGUUAUCUCACCAAUGGCUGGUCCAUCUAAAAAGGCCAAGAGUGACAUCGCCCUGACACCCAAGAGGAAAAGAACAUUCAUUGAGACUUGGAAAACCCAGUUUCCAUGGGUAAGAUGUGUGGACGACAUCAUGUUCUGUGAGGUCUGCAGAGAAUAUCCAUCCAUUGCUGACCACAGCAGUAAACUGUACGAGGGUGUCACAGGGUCAAAACGCAUUGAGACACUUCAGUCACACGAAUCCAGCAAAUAUCACCUUCUCUGCAUUCAAAGGAAAGAGGUCACAGAGAAAGGCACAGGGCCAAUGUUUGUGGCUCUCAAGAAGCAGGCAGAAAAUAUGGACGACCAACUGAAACCCAUGUUCAACACUGCGUUUUAUGUCGCCAAACAAAAGUUGCCUUUCCGUUCAUUUGAGGGCCUCAUCGAACUUCAAGAGAAGAAUGGCAUUAAAAUGCCUACACAGUACCGGAACGAUAAGGGGUGCAAGGCAUUUGUGCAGGCCAUUGCAGAAGUCGAGAAGGACAGAGUUUCUGAAGACCUCAAGGCUUCAAGAUUCUUCGCUCUGAUGGGAGAUGGAUCCACGGAUAUAUCUGUGACAGAACAGGAGAAUGUAUAUGUUAGGUAUGUCAAAGAUGGACUUCCAGCGACAGAGUUCAUUGACAUCAUGGCUGUAAAGUCAGCUGAUGCUAAUGGUGUUCUGGCAGCUCUCCUCGAGGCACUACAUCAUGUCGACCUAACAGAUGGAGACAUAAAGAAGAAAAUAAUAGGCUGCACAUUUGAUGGUGCCAGCGUUAACCAAGGUGCCAAGGGAGGAGUUAUUGUGAAGUUGCGGGAAUUGUUGGGGCAUGUGCUCAUUUCGAUUUGGUGUGCUCCACAUAAGCUGGAGCUGUCGCUCCUAGAUGCCACCAAAGCCACUGACUUCAUUGACAUCGUAGAGAAAGGAGUGGACCCCAUCUACAGAUUCUACUAUGGAUCUGGUAAACGUAGGAGGGAGGUGAACGCCAUAUCAGCCGUUAUAGACGAGGAUCCUGUCUAUUUCUCAGCACCCUGUGGCACUAGGUGGAUGGCGUCAAGACUCCGGGCAUACAAGGCUGUAAUAAAAAAUUACAACUCCGUCAUCCUACACAUGGAAGAGGCUUCAAACAGAAAAACAGACGAAGGAGCUAAGUGUGUGGGGUACUUGAAGGUACUGAAGUCUGCAAAGUUUGUUGAUGGGCUCCACUUUAUGGUAGAUGUCUUGGAAGUGUUGGCCAACGUGAGUCUGGCAUUCCAGAGUAAUGAUCUGUUCAUUUAUGAUGUUGAUGUAAAGUUGUGUGAGGAUCAAGUUGGAAGGCCUUAA